AUGGUAGAUUAUAACUUAAUCUUGAUCGAUCAAAAAGCUUAUCAUCAGUUAUAUGCGCGGAAUAUGCCUAUCAAGAAAUUUUAUCUGAUAAUCUUGCAUGUUACACCAACCCAAGGCAAUGUAAAUGUUGGAGCAGAAUCUUUAUCACAGGUUAUAACUGAACGUAAUCAAUUACGAUCUCAAAACGAUCAAUUGUGGAAGUUAAUAGAGAAACAAAAAUCAGUAAUAGAUAAUUUACAGAAGGAAAACCAAAAACUUGCUAAUGAAAGAGAGAGGCUUAUUAUAAAACUUAGGGACAAUGAUAGCAUAAACACAAGUCGUUCCGAGGAUGAUAAGGCGUCGAUUGAGAAGGGAGUGAAUGAAAAUAAAAAACCUGUGGAAUCUGAUAAUUCAAGUAAUUCAAAUAAUGAUAUUAUAGUUACGGCUGCGCCGAGUACAGAUAAAUCACUUACUCAAUCUGUUCGUCAAUUACCAACUGUAAGCGUGAAUUCUAGUCAAUCAAAACAAUCAUCAUCACGACAAUUAUCGUUAUUAGAUAAAGCAACAUCUUUAGAAACAAAAUCACUACAUCAGCAAGAUUCGUCCAUUUCAACAUCAUCUGAUAUAUCCAUUAAUUCAGAGACAUCUGUAUCAGCUUAUGGUGAAUCAAAUAUAAAAGUUGCUGAUGAAGCAAAAUCAAGUGAUCAACAAAACAAAGAAAUACAUCAACUGCAGAAAGAUACUACUAAUUCAGUAAAAAAUGAGAAUGGUAUCAUCACCCAUUUUAAUGAAUCGUUUCCUUCCAUCACAGUUGAUUCGAAUGAUACAUCAUCUAAUCUUGUCAAAAUUCCUUGUCCUUUACCACCAGUUCUUCCUCCAAAAUCUAUUCAACGACAAAAUUCUUUACAAAUUGAUGAUAGUCCAAAAGCUUCUUUAAACCUAACGGAAGUUCAAGAUUAUCAAGACUCUCCACGAAACUCUCAGGAACAACCAGCACCACUUCCUCUUUACAAUAUUGACCAAAAUUCCGAAUCAUCCGUCUUACAGAACCUUCCAUCACCCACCAUUUCAAUAAAAUCUUCAGGGUCUGAAAGCGUUGGCAGUAGUGGUGAUACCAGUAGGUAUACUCAUAAUAGUACAGCACAAACCGUUGACACAGAUUUGGAGAAUUUGGAUGAAAAUGAUGCUCUUGAUCAGUUCCCUCAACCAACACCUAGAGAACAGGCAAAAUUUCAGGAAAAUCAUAAUGUAAAUAGGUUAGAUUCCGAAGAGAAUAUUAGCUCAUUAACAGAAAAUGAGCAUAAAGUUUCUGAAUCCCUUGGUUUGUCAAGCUCAUUAACGGAAAAUGACCAUAAAGUUCCUGAAUCCCUUGGUUUGUCAAGCUCAUUAACGGAAAAUGACCAUAAAGUUCCUGAAUCCCUUGGUUUGUCAAGCUCAUUAACGGAAAAUGAUCAUAAAGUUCCUGAAUCUCUUGUUUUGUCAAGCUCAUUAACGGAAAAUGAUCAUAAAGUUCCUGAAUCCCUUGGUUUGUCAAGCUCAUUAACGGAAAAUGUCCAUAAAGUUCCUGAACCCCUUGGUUUGCCAAGCUCAUUAACGGAAAAUGAGCAUAAAGUUCCUGAACCCCUUGGUCUGUCAAGCUCAUUAACGGAAAAUGAGCAUAAAGUUCCUGAACCCCUUG